CUUCUGUUGACAUUUUUGAAGACUUUUUUCUUCGAUAAAUGUCUCAAAUACGUUCCUGUAGGUAAAUCGUCGGUUCCCCUUCUUGGAUCCGGCUCGAAGGACCAAAUAUGGAGAGACUUGAGCCGUAUUCCUCUUUAUUUUUCCCUUUCUUUUUACAACAAAAACCAUGUGCUUUUUUCUCUUCGAGUGUCACCUCGCCUCGAUCCCAGGACACCGUGUGGCGCACCACAGAAACCCCAUAUGGUUUACAAUAAUCAAAAUUUUAUAAUAACAACAAAAUAUAGUUCCUUUUUAAGCUCCAACAAUUAUUACUGUAACUGUUACCACGGAUUCACUGGAAGACAAUGCGAGACAAGAUUUUAUGGCAACAUCACAUUCAUCAUGGAUCUCUACCAGACUUCCAACUACUCAACACCUUACUCACCUUCUGCUUACCCAGUGGUUGUCUACCCAAACCAGUCUCUGUGGGUUCAGUAUGAAGUCAAGAGCACCACUUUUGAUCUGGUCGUUUUUGCUGAGAAUUGUUGUGCUAACAAUUCAACCAAUCCAGACUCAUUUCCACAACAUGUGUUUCUAGAGAGAGGGUGCAUUGUUGAUUCGACCAUGGUGUACUUCCACAACCCCUACAGUAAAGUCCAACGAUUUUCAAUCAGAUCAUUUCGAUUUGCCUACUCUAAUUCCCAUCUGGUUUGUCUCCACUGUGAACUGCUUGUCUGCCAUCAAAACUCUACCAACUCCAGAUGGUGCUGUUGGUUGUGCCAAACCUAGAAGCCGUCGUGAUUCCAGUGAUCUGGAAAGCUCUAUGCUAUAUAAUUUGUCUGUAGGCCCUUUGAAGGCGGUGAUGGCCGAGUCAAACAAUGUCAACAAGGAAGGGAAAACUUCCUUCCACGUCAACACCAUCCUGAUAGCCGUCCUUGUCACUGCUGGUGUAUUCUCUGUCAUCACUUUACCCCUCUUGAUAAUUCUUUACCGAAAUUGCCGGCGUGAUAAAAAAAGUCGAGCCAGCAAGCUGCCCAAAUGAACAGGAAAACGGCGAAAACGAUGGAAAAAAGAUGAAAGCCGAAACUAGAUAACAUGAACAUGUAGUUAUGUAUAUUUUGAAGGUAGU